AUGGAUCAAUCACAUAACAGUAUUAUUGUUGACUCUACGGAAAAAGUGACGAAUGAAAAUCAAAAUUUUUUUGGAGAGGCGGGAACAGUAAUACGUUCAAUAAUUGUAUUUGUGAACACAAUACUUAUAGCAAAUUUGUUAAUAAAUGCAAAAAUAAGUUGCGAUGGAUAUUUACGUACAUGGGUUAUAGGAGCAAUAAUUCUAAGUUUUUUUUUGUUUUCUUUUAUUAAAAGAGUUCAAAAAUUAUUAAAGGAAGAUAAAGGAUUAUUCUCCGAGGUUAUUCUAAUGUUAUUAUGCUUUUUGUGGACAUACUUUGGGACAAUUCAGAUAAAUAAAUCAAGUGCUUGCCAAAAAAAUUCUCCUUUUCUAUUUUGGACAGUAUUUACUUUAGUAACUACAAUUUGGUGUUCGAUUAUAGGAAUGAUUCUAAGUCUGAUGAUUAUAACAAUAGGAUCAUUUUUUGUCGCUAGAUCUAAAGUAGAUAAAAUGUAA